AUGAGCGACCAACUCGAGUUUGUCAGACAGAAAAUUACAGAGACUGAAGAAGAGAUAAAGCGCAUUAAGGCUCUUCCAGAAGAUAAUCCAGAGCGGGCGGACUUAUUAUUUGCAAUGCUGACUGAAUUGUGCUUACAUAAUUUAUUUCCUCCAGAUCCAAAUCUUAUCGAAUUUGUGGUCACUACAACUCUGGAACGUCAGCAAGACGAGGAACUCAUUGUCAUGUCCUCUUUGUCCUUACUCAGAAAGAAGCUAAAAAUUACAAGAAAAUUUGGCCUUGCAGACGCUUUGAGGGAUGUCGGAGAACUGUUUCAUGGUCUUUGUAAAAUUGGUAAAAAUCCAGAACCGUGUCAAUGA